UUCAUGAAUGAAAAAUAAAUAUCGCAAAUUUUCUAAAAGAAAAUGUAAAAAAAGUAAAUUUCAAACGAAAUUUCUUUAAAUGAAAACCAAAAAAGACUGAAACCCUCCAACGUUUCAUCAUCAAAUCACAUCACUUCACCAAAUCGGCUGCCGAACGAAAGAAAAACAAUUUUCAUGCGGAUUUUUUCAUUCAUUGAUAGCCAGAUAACUUAAUCUCCCCGAGAAAAAAAAUCGUCGCUGACUCACACCUCGGCUUAUCACGAAGAUUUGGCUUGUCGACAACAGCGGCAGGAAUCACCAGGCAAACGACACAAAAGAUAAAUAGAGAAGUGAGAGACUAGCAAUAUGCAAGAAACAAUAAAAUAAAGCGAUAAAACGAGUUUUUCCUGUAAGACCGACAGCCAAACGACGACGACGACGACGAUUUAACACACAAAACAACAAAUCAAUGGAGAUAUACGCGAACUGUAGCGCUGUGCGUCUGUAGAGUGUAAAUAAAAGAUAAAAACAAACGUAUCAUAAAGUUCAGUUCAUUUCGUUUGCAGAAUUCGCUGGAUUCGGAUGUGUCUUGGACUCGCAAAAAAGUGAACAGAAAAAAAAUUAAAUAAAAAAAAAUAAUUUAAAAAAGUGUAAAAAUUACAUUAAAAGUGAUUAAAGCUGAUAAGAUUCUCUGAGAGAGAAGAAAAAAAAUAUUUUAAACGAAAAGAGUUAAAAUUUCAUCAGUUAUUUUGUUUCGUUAACGACGUGGCAAAAUUAUUCACAACAAAAAAAAAUAUUUUAAAAAAAUUAAUUAAUCCAGAAAAUUUUAAAUAAAAGAAUAGAAAAAUGUGUGGAAUCUUCGCUUAUUUGAACUAUUUGACGCCGAAAUCGCGUCGUGAAGUCCUCGAAUUCCUCAUCACGGGUCUGAAGCGUCUCGAGUACCGCGGUUAUGACUCGGCUGGCGUCGCUAUCGAUGCGCAUGACACGAAAGGCAUCACUUUGGUGCGUGCCACGGGCAAAGUUAAGGUCUUGGAGGAAGCCGUUGCGACACAAUGUGCCGAGCAGAAUUUGGACGAGAUGCUGGAUGUGCAUGUUGGCAUUGCGCACACACGUUGGGCGACGCACGGAGUCCCGUGUGAGGUAAAUUCGCAUCCGCAACGCAGUGAUGCCGAUCAUUCGUUCGUCGUGGUGCAUAAUGGCAUCAUCACGAACUACAAGGACAUCAAGACGUUCCUCGAGCAAAAGGGAUACGUUUUUGAGUCGGAAACGGACACGGAAAUUAUCGCCAAAUUGGUGCAUCAUUUGUACGUGCAACAUCCGACGUAUUCCUUCCGGGAACUUGUGGAGCAAGUUAUUUCGCAGCUCGAGGGAGCGUUCGCGUUGGCAUUCAAGUCGAAGCAUUUCCCGGGCGAAUGUGUCGCGUCGAGACGUGGAUCGCCGUUGUUGGUGGGAAUUAAGACCAAAACGCGUCUCGCUACGGAUCACAUUCCGAUUUUGUAUGGAAAAGACGACACUAAUAAAAAGCCAGAGCAUCGUCCACAUGGAACAGCACGGGAAGUGCCAAUUUUGCCUCGUAAUGAAAGCACAUCGGAAUUUAUGCCCGUUGAUGACAAAGAAGUUGAAUAUUUCUUCGCUUCGGAUGCUUCUGCUGUUAUUGAACACACAAAUCGUGUCAUCUAUUUGGAGGAUGACGACGUUGCUGCCGUAAAAGACGGUGCCUUGAGCAUCCAUCGUUUGAAAAAGACAAAUGACGAUCCCCAUGCUCGCGAAAUCACAACUCUCAAGAUGGAAAUCCAGCAAAUCAUGAAGGGCAACUACCAAUACUUCAUGCAAAAGGAAAUUUUCGAGCAACCCGAAUCCGUCAUCAACACGAUGCGUGGUCGUUUGAACUUCCAAAACAAGAGCGUCACACUGGGCGGCAUCAAGGAAUACAUUCCCGAGAUUAAGCGUUGUCGUCGUUUGAUGCUCAUCGGUUGCGGUACCUCGUACCACAGUGCCGUCGCCACCCGACAACUUUUGGAGGAAUUAACCGAGUUACCGGUGAUGGUGGAGCUCGCAAGUGACUUUUUGGACCGCAAUACGCCCAUUUUCCGGGACGACGUGUGUUUCUUCAUUUCGCAAUCCGGCGAAACGGCUGACACUUUGAUGGCUUUGCGGUAUUGCAAGCAACGCGGUGCCUUAAUUGUCGGUAUCACAAACACCGUGGGCAGUUCAAUUUGCCGUGAAUCGCAUUGUGGCGUGCAUAUUAAUGCCGGACCCGAAAUUGGUGUCGCUUCGACAAAAGCUUACACGUCGCAAUUCAUCUCGUUGGUGAUGUUUGGCUUGGUCAUGAGCGAAGAUCGGAUUUCGUUGCAACAACGACGCCAAGAAAUCAUCGAGGGAUUGCUGAAUUUGGACAAACUCAUCAAGGAAGUGCUCAAAUUGGACGAACAAGUGCUCGACAUUGCCAAACAUUUGUACCAACAAAAGUCGUUGCUUAUCAUGGGACGCGGAUAUAACUUUGCCACGUGCAUGGAAGGAGCUUUGAAAGUAAAAGAGCUGACUUACAUGCACAGCGAAGGCAUCAUGGCUGGCGAACUCAAACACGGUCCUCUUGCCCUCGUUGACGACAAAAUGCCCAUUGUCAUGAUUGUGAUGCGCGAUCCCGUCUACACAAAAUGCAUGAAUGCCAUGCAACAGGUGACGGCACGCGAAGGUCGCCCGAUCGUCGUUUGCGAAGUUGGCGACGAAGAAACGAAGAAAUUCGCCUCGAAAGCAUUGGAAGUUCCCCGUACUGUCGACUGUCUCCAAGGCGUCCUCACUGUCAUUCCCAUGCAGCUGCUCUCGUACCACAUUGCCGUGUUGCGUGGCUGCAACGUCGAUUGCCCACGUAAUCUCGCGAAAUCUGUAACGGUAGAGUAAUCGAAUCUGUCGCCGCAGGAACGAAAAAAAGAAGAAUCUUUAUUUUUUUAUUAAUAAUUCCAUUUGCGCAUCACUUAAUGAUAAGUUUUUACGUCGGGAGCAUGAAAUUUUUCCAAUAUUUUAUUGAAUUAAGAAGCUUUUCCAUUGAAUUUUACACACAUAUGUUAUAAAAAGUGGCCCCAAGGGUCCCGCAACACUUAAAAAUUUAAAUAAAAAUCGU